CCUGUAACUUCUUGAAAUUUUUUCGUGCUCGGGCCACAGUGAAAGCAGAACCAGAACGUUGGGCCGAAUUUGGGCCAGAAACGUUAGCUAGCGCAGCGUUUAUGUGAGACGAAAACAGCGAAGGAACCUGGAAAUAAAUACGCAUGGAUCCCAACCGGAUCAUCCAGGCUCUGAAGGGAACCAUCGACCCGAACCUCCGGAUAGCAGCCGAGAAUGAGCUCAACCAGUCCUACAAGAUCAUCAACUUUGCUCCCACCCUGCUUCAGAUCAUCGUGUCAGAGCAGGUGGAGUUUCCUGUUCGCCAGGCAGCGGCUAUCUACCUUAAGAACAUGGUAAGUCAGUACUGGCAGGACAGGGAGCCGUCUGUGGGAGAGGUUGUGUUUCCUUUCAACAUCCAUGAAAAUGACCGGCAGCAGAUCAGAGACCACAUCGUGGAGGGAAUCAUCCGCUGUCCAGAGUCCAUACGCGCUCAGCUGACCAUGUGUCUGCGAGCCAUCAUCAAGCAUGACUUCCCUGGACGCUGGACCGCCAUCGUGGACAAGAUUGGCAUGUACCUGCAGUCUCAGAACAGUGGCAGCUGGUAUGGCAGCCUGCUGGCUCUCUAUCAGCUGGUCAAAACAUACGAGUACAGGAAGGCAGAUGAGAGAGAGCCGUUGCUAGCAGCCAUGCAGAUCUUCCUGCCCAGGAUUCAGCAGCUCAUCAGCCAGCUGCUGGUAGAUGCUACUAUCUUCUCUGUCCUCAUCCAGAAGCAGAUCCUCAAGAUCUUCCAUGCUCUUGUCCAGUACUCACUGCCUCUACAGCUCAUCAACAACACUGUGAUGACUCAGUGGAUGGAGAUCCUGAGAGCCAUAAUGGACCGAGAUGUUCCUGCUGAGACGCUGGAGGUUGAUGAGGAUGACCGUCCUGAGCUGGCGUGGUGGAAGUGUAAGAAGUGGGCGCUGCGCAUCAUCACCAGGAUGUUUGAGCGGUAUGGAAGCCCUGGCAAUGUGACAAAAGAAUACUAUGAGUUUGCAGAUUUCUUCCUGAAGACCUAUGCAGUGGGCAUACAGCAGGUCCUGCUAAAGGUGGUGGGUCAGCACCGACAGAAGCAGUAUGUUACUCCUCGUGUCCUGCAGCAGUGCCUCAACUACCUCAACCAGGGUCUGUCACACUCACUGACCUGGAAACAGAUGAAGCCACACAUGCAGACUAUAUGCCAGGAAGUCAUCUUUCCUCUCAUGUGCUACAAAGAUGAGGAUGAGAAGUUGUGGCAGGAGGACCCCUAUGAGUACAUCCGCAUGAAGUUCAACCUCUAUGAUGACCAUGCUCUCCCAGCCACUGCUGCCCAGAGCCUGCUGUGUAAAGCUGCCCGUAAGAGGAAGGAGGUUCUUCCUCGGAUGAUGGAGUUCUGCCACCAGAUCUUGAUGGACCCCUCUGCUGAUCCCCGCAAGAAGGACGGAGCGCUGCACUGCAUCGGAGCGCUGGCUGAGCUUUUACUGAAAAAACGGAUGUACAGGGAGCAGAUGGAGCUGAUGCUGCAGAACUAUGUCUUCCCUUUGCUGAACUCUCCCAUGAGUUACCUGCGAGCCAGGUCCUGCUGGGUGCUGCACUGCUUCAGCCCGCUGCGUUUCCACGAUGAGCUGGUGCUGAGGAACGCCGUGGAGUUGGUUAAACAGGAUCUGAUAGAUGACAAAGAGAUGCCUGUGAAAGUGGAGGCUGCCAUCGCUCUGCAGACGCUGGUCAGCAACCAAGAACAAGCUAAGCUGUACAUCAGGCCGUACAUUCGGCCAGUCAUGCAGGAGCUGCUGCAUGUGGUCAAAGAGACGGAAAACGAUGACCUGACCAAUGUCAUUCAGAAGAUGAUCUGUGAGUACAACCAGGAGGUGGCCACCAUCGCGGUCGACAUGACGCAGAACCUGGCAGAGAUCUUCACCAGGGUCCUCCAGAGUGAGGAGUAUGAGGAGAACGAGGACAAGACUGUCAUGGCUCUUGGCAUCCUGAGCACCAUCGACACCAUCCUCACCGUCAUGGAGGACCACAAGGAGAUCACUCAGCAGCUGGAGGGGAUCUGUUUGCAGGUGAUCGGCCUGGUCUUACAGAAGCCCAUCAUAGGUAUGGCAGAGUUCUACGAGGAAAUCCUGUCACUGGCAUUUGGCCUCACCUGUCAGACGAUAUCCCCCCAGAUGUGGCAGCUGCUUGGUGUUCUUUAUGAGGUCUUCCAGCACGACUGCUUUGACUAUUUCACAGAUAUGAUGCCUCUUCUGCACAACUAUGUUACCGUGGAUACGGACAUGCUUCUGUCCAACCCAAAGCACUUAGAGGUCAUCUACAGCAUGUGUAAAAAGGUGCUGACCAUAGAUGCAGGUGAGGAUGCAGAGUGUCAUGCUGCCAAACUGUUGGAGGUCAUCAUCCUUCAGUGCAGAGGCAGAGGCAUCGACCAGUGCAUCCCUCUGUUUGUGGAGGCUGUGCUCGAGCGUUUGAUGAGGGGGGUGAAGUCCAGUGAGCUCAGGACCAUGUGUUUGCAGGUGGCCAUCGCUGCGCUGUAUUACAACCCAGCCCUGCUCAUCCACACCAUGGACAACAUGCACUUUCCACACAACCCACAGCCCAUCACCGCCCACUUCAUCAACCAGUGGAUGAACGACACGGAGUUCUUCCUGGGACUCCAUGACCGUAAGAUGUGCAUCAUCGGCCUGAGUGUGCUUAUAGAGCUGCCUAGCCGGCCAGCAGUGCUGGACGGAGUCGCUGCCCAGAUCGUCCCCUCCAUCCUGCUCCUUUUUCUAGGCCUCAAACACCUCUAUGCCUCCCGCCUAAUCAACAAACCAGACCUACUGGCUCGUGCAGGGGCUCAGGACGAAGACCAAAACGAGGAGAUUCCCAGCGAUGAAGAUGAGGUGAACGAGAACCGAAACGCCAUGCAGCAGUCAAGCAGGCCAGCAGGCCAGGGAGGUGAAGAAGAUGAUGAAGAUGAAGAUGACUACUGGGAUGAGGACGGCUUUGAGGGAACGCCCCUGGAGGAGUACAGUACACCUCUGGACUACGACAAUGGAGAGGAUGAAUAUCAGUUCUUCACCUCCGCCCUGCUCAGGGUCCAGAGUACUGAUGCAGUGUGGUACCAGUGUCUGACAGCUCCACUCAGCGAUGACCAGAAGAAACAGCUCCAGGAGAUCUACAGCAUCUCACAGCAGAGGAGGAGCACCGCUGCCAAGUGAGCACUGAAGAACCGGGCCAACUGCAGAAACAGAGGAGGGGUCAAAGAAAAGAGACACUGGUCUGACCUGACCUGAAGUGGAUUUUAGUCCAAUUUAAGCAAUCUCAGUCCAGAUCAGACCAUAUGAGGCUUAUUGGAUCCUGCCAAAACCAGGUCCCAGGGUACCAUCGGGAUGGGAUGGAGUAGCAGGGGCUCAGCUGGGGGACCUGGUGAACUGAACAGGACCCCUGCUGGAAAAAGAGGACCCCUACUGGAAUAUUCCUUUGACCAGGACAGGACCACUGGCCUGUGUGUGUGUGUGUGUGUGUGUGUGUGUGUGUGUGUGUGUGUGUGUGUGUGUGUGUGUGUGUGUGUGUGUAGAUGUAUGUAGGUGUGUGGGUGUGUUGUAGGGGGGUGUGUGUGUGUGUGUGUGUGUGUGUGUGUGUGUGUGUGCGUGCGUGUACUCUAAACAAGGUAUGCACUCUACAUUCUAAAUGUUCUUGACCAGCAGAAUUGGUUAAUAUUUUUGUACAGUGCAGUCCUUUGGUCUGAGCAGCUGUGUUUGUGUGUGAAGCUGUAAAACAUAAAACACAUGGCAGUGUGUGUUUGUACGUACUGUAAACACUUGUCCUCGUCUCUUUAUAGCUGAACACUUUAUAUCAUCUCAUGAAGCGAGGGCCUAAGCCGAGCAGGAAGAGCUCCAUUGGUGUCAGGGUGGGUUCAUUCAGACUGUAAAAGGACCAGAAGGUCCCAACCCUCCCACUGUAAUGUCAUAUGUAUGAAAUGCAGUUUGGUUCUUUUUUGUUGUUGGUUUUGUUUUUGUAACAUUUUUCAGAACUAAUUUAAAAGAAUCAUAAAAGUUCAUGUAACAUU